AGAGGAGAGAAUCGUCCUCCUUGCCUUAUAGGUACAGAGGAAGAUAUAAGUGAUUAACUACUCAGGAGAAACGAAGAGAGUUACAAACUUACAACAAUGGAGGAAAGGAAGGGCAGGAGAUUGGUACUAUUCCCACUGCCCUUGCAAGGCCAUAUAAACCCUAUGCUAGAGCUGGCCAAUAUUCUGCACUUGAAAGGCUUCUCCAUAACCAUCAUACACACCCACUUCAACUCCCUCAACCCUUCAACCUAUCCCCAUUUCACCUUCCACUCCAUCCCCGACGGCUUAUCCGAAUCCGAGGCCGCCACGAAGGAUCUUGUUCUCCUUCUUUCUCUACUGAAUGCUAAAUGUAUUGAGCCUUUUAGGGAGUGUUUGGUUAGGUUGUUAUCGGAUGCAUCGGAGGAGCCAGUUGCUUGCUUGAUCUCUGAUGUUAUCCAUUUCUUCACUGAAUCUGUUGCUGACAGCCUUAAGAUCCCAAGGAUUGUGUUGAGGACGGGGGGUGCUUCUUCUUUUGCUGUUUUUGCCGCCUUUUCGCUUCUGAGGGAAAAGGGGUACCUCCCUAUUCAAGAGUCUCGACUAGAAGAGCCAGUGAUAGAGUUUCCACCUAUCAAGGUCAAAGACCUUCCAUUGAUCAACAGGUGCAUCACAGAGGAAUAUAGCAAACUAGUAUCUGGCCUGUCAAACGGAGCCAAAGCUUCAUGUGGAGUUAUCUUCAACACUUUUGAAGACCUUGAAGAACAUGCACUGGCCAGAAUAAAACAAGAACUCCCCAACAUUCCAAUUUUCCCAAUAGGCCCGUUUCACAAGUUUUACCCUACAUCUUCUUCAAGUGACUUAUUCUCAAUAGACCACAGUUGCAUUUCGUGGCUAGACAGUCAAGCACCAAAAUCUGUUGUCUAUAUUAGUUUUGGGAGCAUUGCUGCAAUGAAGGAAGCUGAAUUUUCAGAGAUAGCUUGGGGGCUAGCCAACAGUAAUCAGCCCUUCUUGUGGGUGGUUCGGCCCGGGUUAGUCCAAGCAUCAGAGCCGUUUCCGAGCGGGUUUCUCGAGACUUUGAAUGGGAGGGGUCACAUUGUCAAAUGGGCACCUCAGAAGGAGGUGCUCGCCCAUCCAGCAAUUGGAGCGUUUUGGACUCACAACGGCUGGAACUCGACACUGGAGAGUAUUUGUGAGGGGGUCCCUAUGAUUUGUAUGCCAUGUUUUACUGAUCAAAUGGUGAAUGCAAGAUUUGCAAGUGAUGGUUGGAAGGUAGGGUUACAGUUAGAGAAUGGGAUGGAGAGAGGUGAGAUUGAAAGAACAAUUAGAAAGCUAGUGGUGGAAAAAGAAGGGGAAGAGAUCAGAGAAAGAGCCUUGAAACUAAAGGAGAAAGCUAAUCUGUGCUUCAAACAAGGUGGCUCGUCGUACCAAUCCUUGGAUGGCUUGGUCAAACACAUUUUAUUGUUAGAAUCAGUUGUCUUUCAAUCUCAGAGUCAUUAAUGGGGAGAAUCUAUCUUUUAACUGGUUCAA